AUGGCCACCGAUAGAGACGUCCUGCCAGCAGACGUCAAGCCCAUCAACUACGCCAUUUCUCUGACUGACCUGACUCCUGGUGAGCCAUGGACAUAUCAAGGAAAGGUCGAGAUUGAGCUGGAGAUCAAGAAGACUGUCACCAGCAUCACGCUCAAUACGCACGAGUUGAAACUCCACUCUGCCGAGAUUGGAGCAGAUUCAGGGAAGAAUUCCUCAUCGAUCAAGGCAUCUGGGAUUGCGUUCGACGAGAAGAAUCAGCGAGCUACAUUUUCAUUCGAUCAAGAGCUGCCACAAUCUCCCAAAGCUGUGCUUUCAAUCUCCUUCGAGGGUACUAUGAACAACUCAAUGGCGGGCUUUUACCGCUCGAAGUACAAGCCAGCAGCUGAGCCAGCAAAGGGCGUUGCUAAAGAUGCGGAGAAUCACUACAUGUUCUCAACACAGUUUGAGAGCUCGGAUGCCCGACGAGCAUUCCCAUGCUUUGACGAGCCCAACUUGAAGAGCUCCUUCGAUUUUGAGAUUGAGAUUCCCGACGAUCUAGUAGCUCUUAGCAACAUGUCAGAGAAGCGGACACGGAGGAGCAAGGAUGGACACAAGAUUGUGAGCUUCGAGAGAACACCAAUCAUGUCCACCUACCUGUUGGCGUGGGCUUUUGGCGACUUCGAAUAUGUAGAGGACUUCACAAGACGCAAAUACAAUGGCAAGAGCUUGCCGGUGAGAGUAUACACCACCAAGGGCCUCAAGCAGCAAGGCCAGCUUGCUCUGGAGAGCGCUCACCAAAUCGUGGAUUAUUUCUCCGAAGUAUUCGACAUCGACUACCCGCUUCCAAAGGUCGACCUGCUUGCCGUGCACGAAUUCUCUCACGGUGCGAUGGAGAACUGGGGUCUCAUCACCUACCGCACAACCGCAGUUCUCUUCGACGAGUACGCUUCCGAUCAGAAAUACCGCAACCGAGUCGUCUACGUCGUAGCUCAUGAACUUGCACACCAAUGGUUCGGAAAUCUUGUGACUAUGGACUGGUGGAACGAGCUGUGGCUGAAUGAGGGAUUCGCUACCUGGGUCGGAUGGUACGCCGUUGACCAUCUGCAUCCUGACUGGAACGUCUGGGGUCAAUUCGUGACAGACUCGAUGCAGAUGGCCUUUCAACUGGAUUCGCUUCGCACAAGUCACCCAAUCGAAGUGCCUGUCAAGAAUGCCUUGGAAGUCGAUCAAAUCUUCGACCACAUUUCCUACCUCAAGGGUAGCUCAGUGAUUCGCAUGCUCGCUGCGCACCUCGGCGUGAAAACAUUCUUGAAAGGAGUUUCGGACUACCUGAAGGCUCACCAGUACUCAAAUGCCAAGACCAACGACCUCUGGUCGGCGUUGAGCAAGGCUUCAGGACAAGACGUGACAACGUUCAUGGACCCAUGGAUCAGAAAAAUUGGCUUCCCAGUAGUCACGGUUGCAGAAGAGCCAGGCCAAAUCAGCGUCAAGCAAUCAAGGUUCUUGACUUCUGGCGAGGUGAAGCCUGAAGAAGAUACGACUACCUGGUGGAUUCCUCUUGGACUGAAGACCGGUCCCAAGGCUACCGACGCACAGAGAGAAGCGCUUACCACGAAAGAAGAUACGUACCGUGACAUCGAUACCAGCUUUUACAAAGUCAACGCGGACCAGACCGGUUUCUAUCGCACAAAUCUGCCACCGCCACGACUUGUCGAAUUGUCCCGGCAUUUAGACAAGCUCUCAGUCGAGGACAAAAUUGGCCUCAUUGGUGAUGCAGCUGCUUUGGCUGUUGCUGGAAAUGGCACGACGGCAGCUGUCCUGUCUUUCCUGGAAGGCUUCGUUACGGAAGCAAACUACCUCGUUUGGUCUGAGGUGCUCGCCAGUCUUGGAAAGAUUCGUCGUAUCUUCGCUACCGACAAGCAAGUGUCAGAAGGUCUACGAAACUACACGCUCAAGCUCGUGACUGCGGCGACAGAUAGGAUCGGCUGGGACUUCGCGCCUGGCGAGGAUUAUCUGACAGGACAAUUGCGAGCUCUCUUGAUCGCCACAGCAGGUCUUGUUGGGCAUGAGAAAGUCGUUGCCGAAGCUCAAAAGCGCUUCAAGGAACACUUUGAUGGCGACGCAAAGGCCAUUCACCCAUCGCUAAGAGCUGCGGUCUUCAAGAUCGCGAUCAAGAAUGGGGGAGAAGGUGCGUACAAGACGGUGCAAAAGGAGUUUUUGACGACCACGUCCAUUGACGGUCGCGAAAUUACACUUCAAUCCAUGGGACAGGUUCAAACACGCGACUUGGCAAUCGACUAUCUAAAGUUUGCCUUCGCUGGCAAUGUUGCAACACAAGAUUUGCACACUGUAGGAGCUUCGCUUGGCAACAACUCCAAGGUCCGCGAUACCGUGUGGGCAUACAUCAAACAGGAGUGGCCAAUGAUUCGCGAGAAGCUGGGAGGAAAUAUGGUGGUGCUCGAGCGCUUCUUGAGGAUGAGUUUGCAGAAGUUCGCCAGCUCCGACGUUGAGAGGGACAUCGCACAGUUCUUUGCCGGCAAGGACAACACUGGCUUCGACCGAGGCCUUGCUGUGGUCAGCGACACCAUCAAGAGCAGUGCGCAAUACAAAGAGCGUGACUUGGAGAACAUUCGCGAGUGGCUGGCAGCACACGGCUACUCGUCCUAGACCUAGACGCAUACCUUACCCGAUUGAAGGCUCAUGGCUGCAUCGCACAGCCUGAUUGCCAUUGCCAUUGUGGAGUCUGUCGGCGAAGCUUUCCUGGACUUUCGGGCUAGGAGAAUUGGCAGCAAUAGCAUCGGGACAUCGGGACAGUGGAAAAGUACAUGUAGUAGGGAGGCAGAUCGCCAUCAAAGGGGUUGUCUCCUGCUCUG